AUGGCCGACUACGAUCGCAGACAGGGUGGUGGAGGCUACAAUCCCAGGAAGAGGCGAUACAGGGAGGAUGACGAGCAGCAGCACAACUCCUACCGUGACCAGCGCGGCCCGCGCCGCCGCCACGAGCCCCCAGUCCCGUCCCGCCUGCGCAAGCAGAUCAUCGACCUCGCCGACAGCCCCCUCCGCCGAGUCCAGGAGGAGGUCAACGGGGUCGCGCACCUCCUGGCCGACAACUACGACGACGAGAGGCUGCGCUCUAAUUUCGUCGACCUGGUGCUGCAGCUCGCCGUCGAGCAGCCGCUCAAGACGCCCUUCGCCGCCGCAGUCGUCCUGGUCGUCAACACCCUGACACACAAGCCAGCCGCUGAUGCUGCUGCUGCGCCGAACGGCGGGGACGAUGGCCUGGACACGAGUAUGGAGAACGGCGGCCAGGACCAGGCGCAGGCGCCCAAGGAGCCGCAGCCCACGAGCGGCGUCGUCGACGACCUCCUGGCCAAGGCGGCGGCCCAGGUCGAGGAGAGGGUCAAGCUAGGCGAGUGGCGCGCGGUGAAGCUCUAUCUCAAGCUCCUCGCGUGCUUGCAGAGCUGCUUGGAGGGCGAUGGCGUCUUUCCUAUUCUGGAGGAUCUCUUCAACCAGGCUGUUGAGCUUCAGACUAACAACAAUGAAGAUACCAUUGGCACCGAGUUGGUCAAAAUCAUCCUCCUCACGAUACCCUACGCCGUCGCCGCAGCGCCCGACAAGACGGAGAAGCUUGCCACCGAGCUUCUGGACAAGACAGAGGUCAUUGCUGGGGAGCCCCAUACCCUCCAGAACCUGAUCGAUCCGUUCCUCCCUGAGGGAGAUGAGAAGAGUCCCGCUGCGACCAUGAGCUUCCUCGGGCUGUUACAGACACAACUUCAAGCUGAGGCGAGCAGUGGCUGGAAGCUGGCGUGUCUUCCGAGGCCGUGGAAGAUGCCCCUCGAGGAGGUAGAGCAGCAGGAAAAGCUCGACAACUGUCCCAAGCACAAGCUGCCUGCCAUCACAAUCCCCGAGACUCUGAUCGCUGGCUCAAGACCACUGUUCCCAGAGAUCUACUUCUCCGUGUACCUGGGCCAGGAUAUCGAGUCGGUUCCCCCGGUCACGAGCAUUGCGUCAUCCCUGGUCCGCGACAAUCUGGUAGAUACGAUUAACAUUCUUCACUAUAACCGGACUGUUGCAGCUAGACGCCUGAUUGAUAUCGACAACUACUUCGCAGAGGGGACUUUCGUCAGUCGAGCUACACCUUUCGACCAGCUUCGGGAUGUCCCAUCAGGCAAAUCAACCUGGAAGCCCGAGGACGUCGUGGUGGAUGCAGUUUUCUCCCAGCUAUUUUUGCUGCCUGUUCCAGAGCAGAAGCUUGUCUACUACCACUCGGUGCUUACCGAGGCUUGUCGGAUUGCCCCAGCAGCCAUCGCACCUAGUUUCGGCCGGGCGAUAAGAUACCUGUACCGGAACAUUGGUCUCCUUGACAUUGAGCUGAGCCAACGCUUCAUCGACUGGUUUUCGCACCAUCUGAGCAACUUCGGCUUCACGUGGAAGUGGACCGAGUGGACUGCGGACGUGAAACUGCCAAGUCUGCACCCGUGCAAGGCCUUCAUCGUUGGCGCCAUUGACAAGGAGAUUCGGCUGAGUUUUGCUGGUCGGAUCAGGAAGACACUGCCUGAGGGCUACCAGGAGCUGGUCCCUCCAGAGAAGGACGUGGAAGAGCCGCCUUUCAAAUUUGAGAAGGAUGACACACCUUUUGCGCAGGAGGGCCGCGAACUGGCACAGCUCCUGAAGCGCAAGGCUUCAGACGAGGACAUCCAGCCAGUCAUCGAGCGGAUCCAUUCCCUCGCCAUUGACCAGGGCUUGGACCCGCUCGUGGCCAGCACCGACGUCUUCACCACCGCGGUGCUCUCCAUCGGCAGCAAGUCCCUCUCGCACGUCCUGGCCGCCAUUGAGCGGACCAAGGAGCGCCUGAUGGACGCGGGCGCGACGUCGGAGCCGGCACGGGCGCAGAUCAUCACAGCGGUCAUGGACUUCUGGAGCGCGCACCCGGGCGUAGCCAUCACCAUCAUCGAGAAGCUCCUCAACUACAGCAUCAUCAGCCCCUCGGCGGUGGUGCAGUGGGCACUGGUGAGGCACGCGGGCGAGACGAGGGGCGAGUCCCUGGCGCAGAACCACACGUACGAAUUGGUGUUCAACACGAUCAACAAGGUCACCAAGCGGAUGCGCGAGGUGGUCGCGUCCCCCUCGUCCUCCGCCGCGCAGCAGCAGCAGCAGCCCGAGGGCGAGGACGUCGACAUGUCGUCGGAGCUCGAGGAGGCCAAGAAGCGCGAGGCCCAGGCCGCGCGCGAGCUGUUCCGCACGGCGCAGGACGCCCUGGUCGCGUGGGCGUCGGGCGCCAAGGACGAGCUCAUGGACGACGCGGGGCUGCCCGACGCCGAGAGGGAGGAGCGCGACCGCCUCGUCAAGCGGUGGGGGGCCCGGUGGCUGCGCAACGUCAGGAGGCGGGCGGCUAUAGAGGAGUCUUUCCUGCUCGAGGCGGAGAAGGCCCCCAAGGCUUAG